AUCACGAGAGAGAGAGAGAGAGAGAGAGAGAGAGAGAGAGAGAGAGAGAGAGAGUUCCUGUGUGGGCCCUGUUUUGAGAUGUACGUGUUGUGAGAGCAGUCUAGGUGCGUUAUCAUGGAGAUUCCGGCCAUCAAUCUUAAGGCCAUCGUGUUGGUGCACUGGUUGCUCACAAUCUGGAGCUGCAUCGUUCCCUGGUUACCUAACUCCUUUAUUUGGAGCAAUUUCACAGUUUUGGCAAUUGGGGUAUGGGCUAUUGCACAGAGAGAUUCUGUUGAUGCCAUCAUCAUGCUCCUCAUUGGGAUGUUGCUUACCAUCAUCACAGACAUAAUCAACUUCAGCUUGUAUUAUGAUCUAUCUGUACACAAUGACACAUUCCGCUUCUCAGCAGGCAUGGCCAUCUUGAGCCUCCUGCUCAAACCUGCCUCUUGCUUCUUCAUCUACCAGAUGUAUCGGGAGCGGGGAGGAGAAUACAAUAUCAACUUUGGUCUUCCCACUGUGAGCCGGGAUCGGGACUCUUAUGAGUCAAUUGAUAGACAGGACUCCUCUCUGCCUCCAACAGACAGCACAGGACCCAGAGCUUAUUAGGGGGAAAGGGGAGACAUGAAAGUAUAACAGUAGAAGAGAUGGAAAUGAGAUGGUGUACUGUAUAUACAUCAACAUUGAUUUAUUGGAUACAUUUCUGAUUGUGUUCACAGGCGCUUGCGUACAGCUAGUUGGCCAUUCUUUUUGGAAGGAACAUGUAUCUACUGCAGCCAGUUUUUUAUUUUUUAAUCUUACAAAUGGAGACUUUGGGAAAUAUUGGUCAGCUUACAAUGGGUGGCCUAUUUGAAACUUAGUGGGAAGAAUGUUCCAGUUUAUCAUAACUGUUACUUUCAGACCAAUGGGGAGAAUCCCUGAUCCUUGAAAAGCAGCAAAGCCAUCUAGUAGAUCAUAGUUCAUUGACCUAAGAGUGUUUAAUGCACAACUGUUAAGCCUUGUGAAACAGAUCUUUGAGGUAAUUAUUCUUAAGGCUAGGGCUUCUGAAACUUAACUGAAGCUUGCACAGUAACAUUUCUUCAAAAGUAAAGAAAGAUGGCAUGUUGCAAUGCAGUUGUGAAGAUGUUUUCCUUGGGAUUGAGUGGAUAUGGAUGUUUAUGAUACUUUUAUUCAGUGAUGUUAGUGAUGAGACCACUUCAAAAUUGUUUUGGGACCAUGUCUGAAAUGUUUUACUUAGUUAUAACCACUUGGUGUUUUCAUGAGGACUGUAAUCAUUGCUCUCCUUGUUUGCACUGGACUAAUAGACAUUAUAUUAUUUAUAUUUAAAUUGUUUAAUUACAAUGGAGUGAGCAUCAGUUUUGUCCUCGGGAUCAUACCAGUGUUUCUGAACUGUGCCAGUUAUGGUUUAAUGAUACUGUCACUGUCUUAAAGAAGUUUGGUUCCUCAGAAGUUCAGCAUAAUGUGUGUCAGCAUUUUUGUACUACUGUGAUCUUAGUUUCCCAGCCAAUGAUUUUUAAUUGUAUUAACAUAUCUGUACAUUAUUAUUAUAAGAAGUAUACCGUUGCCCAUACAUUCUGUUGCCUUUUCAACUAAAACUGUGACUGUCUAAUAUGUUGUAACUGGAAUCAUGAAAAACAUGAAGUUUCAUAAUAAAAGUUACAAUUUUGGUUCAUA